CUUUGUCGUUCUGGAGUCUACCAAGGUCAUCCGGCAACAUGUCGUUCUCUGCCUCAUGUAGUGUACGUAACGCGUCACAGCCUCCGCGCUGGCGGCGUCACAGCUACAGAUGCUGAAAAAGCUAGUGAGCUGCGUUCUCGGCUCAGGCCUGAAGACUUUCGAUGAGUUUUCGAGGAUUUUUGCAUUUAGGCGUCUGCAUUCCAGAAAAGAGUCGCACUUGGCCGUCCGAACUGUGCUCUGAAAACCUCCGAGAAAAAGACGUCCGUCGCAGCCGUAGACAAAGUGCUCGUUGUCUUUUGCGUGGCGGGUACGGAAACGCCGGAGACGUCACGAAACUUUAUUGGCGGCGCCGUUUUUUUUCGGAACGGAGCGACCCUUCGUUGAGCUGCCCGCUUCUAUGACGAGACAAACACAUGGAACUUCCAGAAACUUCGCUUUUUGAAGAAAAAGCUUUCUGUCUCCCGAGGUGACGGACGGCGCAUGCAAGUCGCACCCGCUCUCCUGCGCCUUCGCGUCACACCGGUUUUUGCGAAGGUUUUCGGUGUCUGGCAUCUCGCUCGGUGAAAGACCUCCGUCUCAUCUUUCUGGUCGCUACACACAUCCACUCUUUUUCGACGGAAGAGCACAACUCGCUAAACAGGCGCAGGCCGCCGGAGAGCAGGGUGCCGGUGUCGAGGCCGCGACUCGUCCGACGACGAGACGCUCUUCCGAGGGCGCCUUCUUCCUUUUUGGCUCAGCCCCGCGGUGUCUGUGCACGUGAAGAAGCUGCAACUUUGCGUCUUUUUCUCUCCUGCAUCCAGAGACCGACGCGAAUUCAGGAUUUGAGCUCCUGGCCUGAAGCCGCGAGACGCGGCCGAGGCCGGUGUACGUACAGCUCGGCGAAGUCGAAACGGCUUACCGCGUUCGGUCCUAAGUUCGCUUUUCCGUUCUCUUCCAGCCGUUUGAACGUCGACUGUCUUCGCUGCGUUCGUGUCAGCUCUCUCUGUCUCCGUCGUUUCUGCGCGGCAUCGGUCGGUUUCGCGCAUCCACUCGAGUCCCUGCGGACAUCGGCGGAGUGCAUGCGCCGCGCCAGCGUCAAUCGCGCGACGCUUUCGGCUCGCUCCGCUUUUUGGGCUGGAGGUCCGCGGCAGCCGAAGACACGCGGACCUUUUUUUGGCCGCGGCAGUGCUGAAGAGCGCAUGCGACUCGCGAAUGCCAGAGAACGGUCGAGGCGGCUACGAAGACUCUCCCGUCCAGCGGCGUAGAAACCAGUGAUUGUAGCGCGGCGCAGCGAGUCGGGAAGCGGCGACCGAGGCGCUUGCGAGGGAGGCGUACCCAGCUGAGCGCCUUUUGGUUGACGCGUCGGAGAAACGCGCUGUCUGCUCACUACGUCGUUUGCGCGCCUUGUCACUGACAAGCCGAGUUUCUCGAGCUUUCCCCGACAGCAAGGGAAGGCGACAGGUUCAAAUACGUUCUUUUUCGCUGUUCUGCGUCGUCUGCGUCUUCUCUGCGGCCUCCCUCGAAGGCGACUCUGAGGCGGUCCUCCCCCUCUCCCUUCUCCACAUCGUCUUUCAAGCGCGGCGCUCCGCGAGCGUCUGGGUGAAAUCCGCGCGUCUGCUGCGGGGGGCUGGCUCUCAGACGCAGACCUCGCGCUGGUCGUUCGUCUCAUCGGCGAGUCCUCUGAAGCAUCUUGACUUGCUCUCCGGAACAGACAGUCCAUUUGUUUCUCGGAGAGAGGCGCAGACGCGAGACUCCGUGACAGUCAAGUUCCUCGCAAGCGAAAACGGCUCUUUGCUCGCUGCUUUCCUUCGACAAACGCCGCGCUGCCUCCGCUCCCUCGCCUACCUAUACACCUUCCUUCCGUCUCUUCCCUCAUUCCAUACAGCUCGUACCCUGUCGCGUCUCUCAACCGAUUUCUACGGGGCCAUAUAUACAUAUAUAUAUAUAUAUUUAAUUACGUACAGAUUUUUGUACACGUACGUACACAUAAAUCUACAUGUGUAUUCAUCUAUAUUCACAUGCAUAUGAAUAUAUAUGAAUAUUUGUUCAUAUUUGUGCAUGUGUAUAUGUGCAUUUGCCGUUGUCUCUGCACAGAGGCACAGAUGUUUGUAUGUUCUUUCCGGUUUUUGGGUCUCGAGUCGGUGUCGCGAACUCAGUCGAACUCGCGACGCAACUCAACCUAAAGUGUACAAACGCGUCUGCAUGUUUAGUAAACAAACACCAGGACAAUGAAUCGCUACUGCAGACCACGAGGAAGUGGAGCUCCGGGGGAGGGGAUGAGGGAAGAGAGAAGAGAAAGAGGGAUAGGCCAAGUCAACGCAACGCAGGCGGCAGUCCUCGCUCCUCCUCAUCGCGCCCGCAAGGCGCCAGGCGCAGACGUAGCGCAGCAACAGAGAGACCUCGAGCAGCAAAUGCUGCGACAUUUGCCUCCGGCCGAUGCAGUCGCGCAGCUGCAAGAUGUGAUGAGAGAUUUGGCGAUUCUCCACGAUUCGCUGCGAAGCCUCUUGAGCGACAGCGCGCCAGGCCAUGAAGCACAACAUGACCAGCUUGUGCAUUUCCGCGGCCGCGUAGCGCGUCGCAUCAGCCGCUACGCGAUGCUCGUCCGGAAGUCGCAGACCCUCGUGGACCGCCUCCUGUCCCUGCAAGAGGAGCAACUGCAUGCGCUCGGCGCGUCGCCGAGCGCCGACCGUCAGCGGGGCUCAGCGUCGCCUCUCGGACCGCAGACCUCUCUGCCCGCGCUUCCCUCUCUCUCGUCUUUCUUGGCUGUGGCGCCUGACGGCGACGUCUCCCCCGACAUCGCGCGUCUGCAGCGCGAACAGCUGCUCCAGCUUCAGCAGUUCCACCAACAAAACCUGCAAAAAUUCAAGUCGCAACUCUCUGCAUGGUGGCAACGCACGGAGAGACAUUUUCACACGAUGCGAAUGGUGAAUUACGUCAACUCUUUCGAGGCAACAGAGAACCAGCCGCCGGCCGCGCCGGCGCCUCCAGGCGCGAGUCGAGUCGGCGCGGUGCAUGCGCCAGCGCGGGGUGGGCCAGCUGUCUGUAAGCCGCCAGAGGCGCAUGCGUCGCGGUCGUGCGAUUCGGCGAGCUCGCAGGCCGCAAGCGUCUCGGUGUCGAGCGCGGCGCUUGUGGAGGUGCCUGUCGCGUCUCGGGAAGGCCCCCGGCGAGAAGAAGAGAAAAGAGAUGCGCAGGAGGAAACUGCGACUUUGCACAGCAAGACGAGUUUACGCGUCGAAGCAAAGACGAGCAUCGAAGAGACUGGUGGCGACAAGCGACAGCAUCAACUGAGGGAGACGCGCGCCGUGAUGGCUGAGGAGCUGCAGCGCAUGCAGGAGACUCAGCGCCAGCUGCAGAAGUCGUCCGCGGCAAUUGAGCAGACAGAAUCCGCUUACAACGUCUUCGGAGAUCGGCUGGCCUCGGCGAAAGGCAUCCUCACGACUCUCAAGAAGAGGGCUGAAACUGAUUCACAGCUUAUUUGGUUCGCGUUCCUCUUCUUCGUCGGCUGCUGCGCCUUCGUCGUGCUGAGGCGUCUCCGCGUCAUUCGCGUCGCCAUCUCCACGGCUUGCCUCGCCUGCAGCGUCUUCUCAGGUCUACUCUCGUCCUUGUUUUCGACUCUCGGCGCGACGACUCUCCACCUUCAAGAGAGCCUCUUGUCCUCUGCGCCUCUCGCUCCUUCACUCCUCCCCCCAGCGCUGCCUUCUGUCUCGCCGCCGCCUUUCAGUCAGUCCGACGGAGUCUUUUCAGAGAAGAACCGCCUUCUCGCCGGCCUUCCGCCGCAGCCGCCGCCGCAUGCAGUUGACGGCGAGGAGGCAGUUGACGGCGAGGAGGCAGUUGUCGCCUCGGGCGUCUCCGCGAGAAAACGAGGAGCCACUGUUUGUGCUCCGGAAGGAGCUGAGGCCUUCGCGUCAACGUCUCCGUCACAGGAUGUAUCUGAGUCAUGUCGGACAGAGCUGGCGAGUUCGCAGGUUUCUUCGAUUCAACUUGAAACGAAUCGAGAAGCAUUGCCUCCAGGGCCCACCGUUCAACACUCGCCGUCUGCGUCCGCAUCCUCGCCUGCCGCUUCUGCCCGCCCUCCCUCUGAGCGCAUUGUAGAUCCGACUGUCCCCGUCGCUCCUGCCUCGUCUCCUUCCUUGUCUAGGUUCUCUGCCGCUUCUGUUGCUCGGCCGCCGCCUGCUUCUCCGUCGUCUGCGUCUUCGUUGUCUGCUUCUCCGUCGUCUGCGUCUUCGUUGUCUGCUUCUCCGUCGGCUAGUGCUACUGCGUCCUCUCGUUCUUCGCCUUCAUUACCGCGGUGGCGGCUUUCAGAGAGAGAGGAAGGGAGAUCCCGCGAGAGCAGCGCGGCGAUGGAGGGAGAAGCGAGAGGGGGACAGACGUUGAAGGUUCGCGGAGACAGUCCAGGCUCAACAGCCGCGGGAGAUGAGAGUGCAGAAGAUGGUGGAGGCGAAGGAGACGCAGACGAACUAGACGAAGGGGAGGUUCCAGUGCGCAUCGAAGAGGGAGAAAGCGAAGAAAGAGGAGGCAAAGAAGAAAGACGAGACAAACGGGACAGACAAGCCGGGAACGAACGAGAAGAGAAAGAAGAAAGAGAACACACGGAAGGCGAAAGAAACGCACAGGGGAAUAACGGAGAUGCGACGAGAGAACGCAGUGCCGCAUAAGAUCGACAAUCCUUCUUUGCCGAGGCCGAAGCGAGAGAGAAAGAAAGAGCGUUUCCGACUGCAGGCCGCGGUCUUGCAUGCAGAAUUAGUUAAACGCAGAACGUUUUCUGUGUACUCGAGGGAAAAUCUUUUUCUGGCCUUGGAAGGUUUCAGAAUUCAUAUGUCCAUCUCCGCGAAUACUUGCCAUCUCGUGAGAAAGAUGAAGAAAUGCAGGGGAACUGAAUUCAAGCUGUGGCUUGCACACCAUCGAGAAAAACGCGGAGCAUGGUGGAGAGGUGAAAGGAUUGAGAAGCGUUUCGAGAAAACGAAGCUCCUUUUCUCAGAAUUCGGUGCCGGAAGAGAAUGGCCGAUGUCUGAGCGACUGCGCCUCGAGCGCUUUUAUGUCCCCGCGAUGCCCCCCCCCCCUGCAGGCUCGUGAGAGGGUCGCCCCCUAGCUAAAGGUUUUCAGAAGCAAUGCCGUUGUGCGCAAACCGGUGUGUGCAUCCAUGGUUGUGCAGAACCAUUCUGUACAGAGAUCUACAAAAGGACAAAUAUGUACGUCGAC